AUGGUGUGCUAUGUUUCGUACUUCUUCUAUGUCAGUGAAGCUAUGUGUCGCGUUGGCUCUCCAACCUGUUGUGCAACUGAAGAACUACAGAAAAAUAUCAUGGGAGAUGUUUCUGCUAAUCAGCCCACCUCCAUCGUUGAAGAUAUUCUGUUUCCAGUAAACAGUGACACGUGCAAAGCAUUUCCUAAUGGGGACAAGAAGAUAUGGCUACUAGUAGCUGUAGUCUCCACCUACGAGCAUUUCAGGACGCGCAACAUCAUCCGGCAGACUUGGGGCUCCGCCAUACAAGACAAUGCACCAGGAUAUGUAUGCCUCGUAUUCUUUGUUGGGAAACAACAAAGCAAUUUUGCACACUGGAUACAAUUCCAAAAUGAAAUACACAAGUAUGCUGAUGUUACACAAAUCAAUACGGAUGAUACAUAUCUAAAUCUUGUUCAUAAGAGUAUAGGUAUUUUGAAGUGGACCCAUUCCUUUGUACCAAGCGUGAAGUUUAUCCUAAAAAUUGAUGAUGACGUCGUGUUAAAUCUGCCAAACCUGUAUUAUAGAUUAUUAAUGCAUAGUUACCAAUCUAAAUUUAUCAUGGGAUAUGUCGGAAGAGGACAAAAACCACAAAGGAUGAAAACAAUAAAGAACUAUUUUCCAAAAGAUUACUACUCCGGUGAUGUCAUCCCAAAUUACAUGUUUGGUCCUUCCUACGUAAUAUCCGGUGACCUUGUCCUUGACCUCUUGGCCGUCAUACCCCGGAUUCCCUUGUUACGUAUAGAAGAUAUCUUUAUUACAGCCAUAUCUGCAUCGUAUACAGACGCUGUUCACAUUGGGAGAUGUGGUUUCCUCUAUACUACAAGCGAAAAUGUGGAUCAUUUUCAAUGGGGAACGUCGUUCGUCUCGUCACAUAGCUACCAACCAUCCGAGUUAGCAUCUAUAUGGAAUUAUUCCCGAAUACAAUCACAUCACCUGAGCUAUUCUGCCUUAUUUCUUCAGCAACUAUGA